GCCAAGAACUUGGUCCCAGCCCGGAUGCUGUCUCAUCAACCCCUAACCAAAACCCGAGUCCGAGAGCCACCAGCCACGUAAAAUAAUGCCCAGAUUGACCUCUCGUCAUGGCACCAGUCCUUUCAUCUGGUGUGCAGCCAUCAUCUGUGCCAUCAUCUCCAUUGUUGUGAUAUUUGGUGGCAUUGUUGUCUUCGUUGGUUACAUGGUCAUUCACCCGCGAGUUCCCAUCAUUAGCGUCACCGAUGCUCAUCUCGACUUCUUAAAAUAUGAUAUAGUUGGAGUCAUGCAGACGCAGUUAACGAUUAUAAUUCGCUCAGAGAAUGAUAACGCUAAGGCUCACGCGUUGUUUGAUGAUACCGUGUUUGCGCUAAGCUAUGAAGGUAAAACGAUUGCGUAUUUAAAACAGGACGAGUUUGAAGUUGAUAAAGAGAGAUCAAUGUACGCUCAUUUCCUGGUUCAGUCAUCUCCAAUACCUUUGAAUCCAACGAUGAUGCAAGCCAUUGACUAUGCGAUAAAACAAGAUGUGAUUACGUUCGAGCUCAAAGGUGGGUCAAAGACUAGAUGGCGAGUCGGACCAUUAGGAUCGGUCAAGUUUGAGUGUAAUCUUAGCUGUGAGCUUAGGUUUAGACCGUCUGAUCAUAGUUACAUCCCAUCUCCUUGCACUUCUGCUCAUAAGCAUUAG